AUGCUCAAACACGCCGGCCAGAAUUUGCCAUGGCGGAUUCUUCGAUACUCCCUGGUCAAAGUCUCGCCUGCUCAUCCCAAGACCCACGUUCUUUACAUGUCUAUGUUUGAUCCCAAACACGAGAUAUUCUCCGAAUCUAUUAGGCGAAAAUUCACUAGUGAAAACUACACAGACUUGGACGAAUUGGUCUCAAUCUUUAAGCAGUUUGAUGUCGAGGAUAACGGUUUUGUCAGCGUUGAGCAAUUCAAAGAGAAGUGUAAGAAGCUCUACGCGGACAAAUGUGUUGCCUACGAAGACUCCACAAUCAAUAAACUUGCCAUGCUCUUGGACUUCAAUAGUGAUGGAAUCAUUGACUUCAACGAAUUUAUUGAGGGUUCAAGACUUGUUAAGGAAAAUUUGAAAACAAUUUUGUACGCUCGUGGAAAUAUAAUGGAACUGGCUUUUCCAAUUCUCGGGCACUUUGUCAUCUAUUCAAAAGAGAAUCGCAAACCUUAA